GAUGUGCUGGAAAGCAACCCUGCUGCGCUAUCAGAUGUAUUUAGUUUAAUAUAUUGGAGUAUUUGCCAAGCAAAAAACAAUCUUAUACCUACGAUUUAAAAUUAUUUUGAGGCAUUAUGUACUAAACUGAUUCUCCAGACUGAUUUUGAAAGUUGGUUUAAUUCGGUUUGCUGGCAAUGCCAGAAGUUUUGUAGCACGAUUCUGUGCUGAUCGCAGAUUUGAUUAAGAUUGUCAGGCGCCCACAUUGUUUGAAAUACACACUGGAUACAGGGCUCCUGCAGAUGCUGGACGUCCCGAGCAACACCCAGACAAGGUGCUGGGAGAAACUCAGCAAGUCAGGCAGCAUCUAUUCAGACACGGGGGCAGCCCUGCAGGUAAAUGCAGGUAAAUGACUGAAACAUGACACUAACACUCGGAUAAAAUUGAGACAGCACCCGGAUACUAUAUAAUAAGCCGAUCUACUCAAAGUGUAACCGUUAUAUAUAUUUUGAAAGUAUAACUAACCUGUGUCUUAAAAACGUUGCCAUAUUAAUACUUCAGUGCAAACCCUUGCAGAGAAAGCAGUCUUUCAGAUACAGGUCACUGCUUUUCUAUAGUCUUGAUGUUAAAGGUGCAAGACUAAUUUCUUCGCUGAUUCGAAGAAAUCAUUAUUAUCAGUUAUUUCGAGGUCGGUUAUUUAUGGCACUUCGCCCUGCUACUGGUAUUAUUUCGUGACUUGUCACUUUAGUUCAGUGCGGGGAGUGUGGCGGUGUGUUAUUUUAUCCCGCAGCUGGCGUUUGCUGGCCUGUUUAUUUCCAGCUCCCCCGCCCCCCGUGUCCCGUUUCUGUCCGCUGUCUACGUUAGGCCCCCCCGUGGCGAAAGUGCUGCCGGGCCAGGCGGAGCGGAGCGCCGACGUGCCGGCCGGGCAGUGAUGGCGGAAGAUGGGCGCCGGCCCCAGUGAGCCAUGCAUCUACGAGAAGCUGGCCGUCAGCGUCGAGGUGCUGCGGCGCUCUGGCGAGCACUAUGGCAUGUCCGAGCGUGACAUCGAGAGGUUCGUGGCCCAGAUCCUGGAGACCAACGAGCCGCAGAGGGAGGCGCGCAGAUUCCCGCGGCUGGUGGCGGCGGUCAAGAUUGUGAUUGCUCUGGGGCUCCUUAUAAUAACAGCCUGUUCCUUCAUCAGUCCGUAUAGCAGAUCUCAUUACCAAAGUAAAGUUACAGAAGAUCAGGAUCGGAAGAAUCCAAUAAUUGGUCAUAUCCGUCUUCUACAUUUACCUAUUGCAAAGAAGUACAAUCUGGAAGUUUUUCAUGACUGGGGUCAUAUAGGAUGUGAGCAUCUGAUACCUAACUGUACUGAAUGUGCUAGCCUGAGUGCUGUUGGAACUGUGAGUGACAGGAAACAUAUUUCCAAGUAUAAUCAUCGAAUAAUACAACCAAUUGUAAUCAAGAGUGGAUCAGCUAUAUCAUUGUCAUAUGGGGAUUUGAAGCGUUUACAUUCAGAAUAUAGAGAAGCCAUGGAUGUAUAUCUUGAAGAUGGAGAGAAUCUUGAAGUCAAUAAAAACUCAGUGUUUCCAGAAGAAUCCAACCUAAUUAUUCACUGGAGAAAACAACGUAUAAAUGGAAUGCAUAUUCUACGAGCAAUUUUUCCAAAUUCAAGCAUGUUACCCUUUGAGAAUAAAGUAACCCUGAAGAAAUGUUUAAUAACACCUAGCCGUGGUUCUCCAUUCCAAUUCCUGUCCCACCAGCUCCAUAUAGAGAACAGUUGGCUGGUUGUAGGGAGAGGUAAUCUGAAACUUCAGAUCAAAGCCUCUGAAAAAUGUGCAGAACAGUGUGGUUCCUUUUUAGUCCAACUAGGUGAAGGUGAUAUCGUUUAUGCGAAUUCAAAUUAUUGGCAGAUGACCAUUUCACCAGCUGGAGAGCAAACUGUUAUUAUUUGUGUUGGAUCCAUCUAAUUCGGGACGCUUUUGGCUCUGUUACAUCAUUUCUAUGCAAAAUUGCUGUUAUUAAAGUCUUAAAUCGGGUGCAGAAGUGAGCCAUUCAGCCCCUUGAGUCUGCACCACCAAUUCAAAAAAUUAUGACUGAUCUGCACUGGUGAGCUUGGAUUUGUGUUCCAAAGUUAUACUUCAAUUUUUACACGUGGACUAUCACUUUGAAAUCUAUUGACUGCAAUGCACAUCAAUCCCAAGUACUAUCUGUGUCAUUGACUUUUGAAAUGCCCAAUGUACUUCCUGAGUUUCAGAUGUCUUUCACCAUCUAAAGUUCCUCUUUGGUUAUGUGUAAACACUUAUUUGAUAAAAUGCACAAUAUAUUAAAGCUCGAGGAAAUAAAAUAUUUUACUUUUGA